UAGUUUUGUGUGUGCAGUUGUUCAUUAGCGGAUGUUCCAGACAUGGCCAGCAUGGCGGUCCAGCUGCUGGGCUUCUUCCUGGGUCUGCUGGGGCUUGUGGGUAGUGUAGUUGCUACAGUGCUCCCCCACUGGCGGCGGAUGGCCUAUGUGGGCUCUAACAUAAUCACAGCCACUGCAUACAUGAAGGGGCUCUGGAUGGAGUGUGUGUGGCACAGCACGGGUAUCUACCAGUGUGAAGUACAUCGCUCAAUGCUGGCUCUGCCACCUGACCUGCAAGCGGCACGAGCGUUGAUGUUGCUGUCCUGCCUGACCUCCACCCUGGCAGCCCUCGUGUCCUCUGCAGGGAUGAAGUGUACCCGCUGUGCCCGCGGCUCGUCCAUCAAGCAUGCCCUGGCCAUCAGUGGAGGGGUCUGCUUCCUGUCUGCAGGCAUGCUCUGCCUAAUCACUGUCUGCUGGACAACCAAUGAUGUCAUCCUCGACUUCUACAACCCCAUCCUACCUGAAGGUAUGAAGUAUGAGAUGGGCAUGGCGGUGUAUUUGGGCUACGUCUCGGCCUGUCUUAGUCUGAUGGGAGGGGUGGUGCUCUGUUGGAACUGUGAGGGGCGGCCCAGGAACCCCCUACAUCUACCUCAUCAUCGCCACCCUUGUCCUCCCCUCGUCUUCAAAACUAUAAACACCCCCAACACCCCAACACCCCCUUACUAUCCCCCUGCCGCCCUGAAAGGGAACUAUGCCCCCUCACGCACCUCACUGUCCAGCAAUGGCUACAGACUCAAUGACUACGUCUGAGGGAUGGAGUACACACUCAAUGAAUGCUCCUAGUGUGUAAGUGCAAACACUCAAUGAUUAUGUCUGAGUGUGGCAGAUAAUAGAGACUGUUUGAGGGAAGUUCAAACUCAAUGACUACAAAAUAAAGACUCAAGUUACUUUUAAGUGAGCAAGUACACACUCAUGGACUUUCCAGCAGACCUUCAGAGUCAGUGAGGAUCAGUGUGGUUUACGGUGUUGAAGUUGUUCAGGAUGUGUCCUUCUUCUCUAGGA